AAGCGCGCUGGCCCGGGCCCGGCAUCCUCCUUGGUCCUCACGGUCCUGCGCCAUGCUGGGAGGCCUGGGGAAGCUUGCUGCUGAGGGCUUGGCCCACCGCACUGAGAAGGCCACGGAGGAAGCCGUUCAUGCCGUGGAGGGGGUGGUGAAGGAGGUGGUGGAGCAUGCCAAGGAGGCUGGAGAGAAAGCCAUUGCCGAAGCCUUCAAGAAGGCCCAGGAGACAGGGGACAAAGUGGUAAAGGAAGUCACUGAGACUGUGACCCACACAGUCACAAAUGCUGUCACCCACGCAGCGGAAGGCCUGGGUAAAUUGGGGCAGUGACCACGCCCGCAGACCCUUCCUGAAGCUCAAUAAAAAGCUGUGAAAUGUG